GGCGGAGUUUUUCGUGCCCGGCCCCGCCUCCCCGUGGGAUUCAUGAUUGGGAAGGGGAGGGCGGCCGUUUAUGUGCCUGACAGGAAUUUCCGGGCAGAUGUGGGCUAACAGGAGCCGGGUACCUUCGGGGACUCCUAUGAUGGAGCUGAGGUGCUGGGGUGGUGACUGGGGGCUUCCCUCCGUACAUCCCGAGUGCCUAGUGGUGCUGGCUUAUGCAAGAUUUGCUGGCGCACCCCUGAAAGUAACUCCUAUUGACUAUACAUGGGCAAGUCCAAAAGGUACUGUUCCACUCUUGACAUCAGCAGGAGAAGAUAUCAGUCAGCCAGCAAAUAUUCUCAACUUCCUUAGAAAACAGAAAUACAAUGCUGAUUAUGUGUUAUCUGCAAAAGAAGGCUCCGAUACCCUUGCAUACAUUGCUCUGCUGGAGGAGAAGCUGCUGCCUGCGGUGCUGCACACAUUUUGGGUCGACACUGAUAACUACUGCAGUGUUACAAGGCCGUGGUAUGCCUCCCGCACUCCUUUCCCACUGAACUAUUAUCUGCCUGGGAGGAUGUCUAGAGAUGCCUUGAACAGAAUCCUGGUUACUAAGGGUCAGCCCCCUUUGUACUGUCUCACAGAGGUGGAAGCACAGCUUUAUAAAGACGCCAAAGAAUGUUUGAAUCUCAUCUCCAACCGACUGGGAACAGCUCAGUACUUCUUUGGAAGCACGCCUACAUCACUGGAUGCCUUUGUAUUUGGUUUCUUAGCCCCACUUUAUAAAGCUCAUCUGCCUAAAGUGAAUUUGCAGCAGCACCUGAAGCAGCUUUCCAACUUGUGCCACUUUUGUGACCACAUCCUAAGUACUUACUUUGUGUCAGAUGAUGCAGGCACAUCUGCUGCUGGGCAGGAAGCCAUAGAUGCAAACCUUCAGAAACUCACGCAGCUUGUUAAUAAGGAAUCCAACCUAAUUGAAAAGAUGGAUGACAAUCUUCGGAGAAGCCCCCAAAACCGUCCUCAGAAGUUAUCCACCUUAAAACCAGGAGGAGGUGCAGAAAACACACUGUCACACUGAUACCUCCUGAUUCAUGUCUUCCAUAUGGGAUUCCUGGUAUCCUAAGCCAAUGGCAUCGCUGGGCUAGAAAUGGCUCGGCAGAACCAAGAUUGCACAAUCCAAACUGACUGCUCAGCGGUGAUCUUGUAUGAUUAACAAUACACUGAGCUGUACAAUCCCUUGUUGGUGCAGAAUUGACUUUGAAAAGUGUCAAGCUUUAUUUAUCAAUGAGAUCAGGAUUGUUAUUGGGUAACACAGAGGGGAGGACUGGACAGACACCAGUCAUUUAUAUACUGAUGCCUUAGUAUUCUGAAUCUUAUGUUGCUACAGUACAUAUUGUAUAGUGGAAGGAUAUGAGGACCCACUAGGCAAGGAAAUAAAUAUAAUGAGUGGAGGUAAGGGCAGUAUGGCUACCACGUUCAAGUAGAAAUCUCUUAUUUAUUUACAUAUUUGUAUUCAUUUGUACAAGUCUGCUUCAAUUCAUGUGUAAAUGGCAAUAUUUGCAUUAAUCAUGAAAGCCAACGAAGCAAAAUGUAGAAUGUAAACACUAUGAUAUACAUAUUAUAUCCGUGUUCUAAUAAUGUAUAUUUAUCUAGGGCUGACCUCAUUUCCACCACUGUGCCGCGGGGCUCAUUUAAUGCUGCUUUGUGUUGCCGGGUACAUGAGUCCCAAGCUGUGGGUAUCAGUAUUUUCAUUAUUCUCCUGCCUUGCCCCAGGGAUCUCAUGCAUGGGCGCACUAGCAUUUGUACCUGCCAUCUUGGAGGUGACAUUCUUUUAAUUACUAAGUAUCUUUUCUAUGGCAUAAUAUUAGUACAGUAUAUAAUCUGCUUGACCUAUUUGUAUAUCGGUGUAUAAGCUUAUAUAAUGACAGUCUAUUUAUGAAAUAUGAAAUAUAUUUAUGCUUUAUUGUUGAUAAAAGUGAUUAGAUGAUGAAUAAUAUUUUGCUACUGGACUAUAUAGAUUAUAUUUGGAUCAUUACUGAAGACAUUUUUAUGAGCAAGAGCUUAUAUAGUAUAAACAUUCCUAUGUGUAUAUAUAUAUAUAUAUAAGAAACAAAAUGGAA